GCUACGCAUGCGGGGAUGUAAGCAAGGCAGGCGGCCAGAGACGCACGCGGAGAGCGAGCAGGCAGGCCGGGAGAAUAUACGACCGUGGGUUUCAGUUCUUCUUAUUCAUUGCCAAUCCACUGCUGGAUGAAGAGCCUCCCACCAAGCCUUGCAGUUCGCGGCUGCUGCUGCUGUAGUUGUUGUUUCGCCACACCUCAACUGCGCUGUUCAGUGCGUGGUUGGUGAAUGUCAGACGCCUGCUCCGGUUAGUCCGGGGCUGGAGCCGGGAGUCGAACUCGGGAUUUGCCGGGUUCACGGUGGAGUGGGGCUGCCGGCUUGCGCCAUCGCUGCAGACACGUGGUUUUCAUCAUAUGCAGGGGAUGAGCGCUAAGGAAUGAUGGCUCACAAAGGGAAUACCGUGGAGGAUGAACAAACGAUGUGUGCUGGAGCGAGUGGAGCUUCUCAGAAGAAACCACACAACACCUAACAGAUGGUGGUCCGUUGCCUUUGGAGAGCUCUCGCCACCGUCGUUCUAGACAACACCGCCGCGUGCCGGCCUCUGCAAUUAGCAUUCAGCUCUGGCCGCCCUCCCCCAAGCUCAGCUGCGGCAGCUGCCUUGUGUUUUUAUAACCAGCUGCUCCUGAGCCGAUGCAUGGGGGGACAAAGGAAUAUGACUAUGGAUGAAUGAAUGGCCACAUUUCACAUGGACACGCACUCGAAAAUGUAAUAUUCAUAUGUAAAUGACGAAAAAAAAAUUUGCAACAUUACCAAGGUAGAUGAGUGGCAUGGCAAAAUAUCACACGGUGCUGUCGCUGCACGCGCACUUUCGGGACGUGUGCCUGACGCGCUCGUAUCAGUCCGCACUGGCGCCGGAGCACAGCGCUCGCAACGGGAACAAAAACGCGAUCUCUGAUUGGGGCGCCAGGUCCGGUGGGUCUGAGCAUGCCCGAGGGAGCGAUGCCUCGUUACGCGUGAGCUGCCUGCGUUCAGACGAACCGCUGCCGGGCGUUGGGCUCCGAGCCACCCCUGUAUUGUUGCCGGAAAGCGUGAGCCAAUUGCGCGCGAUAUCGGCAGCCUGGGAUGGUGACUCGAUAGGCGGGAACAUUGUCGUCGGUGCUGCGGCCCUCCGGCUGCGAGCGUGCCGUGGCAGCGGCGGUGAGCGUAGGGAAAUGGGGAAUCAGGAUGGCAAGCUGAGGAAGGGGAGCGUUGCCGAGGGUGCCGGCGAGAAGGGACUAGCCGAGGAUGCUGCGAGAGGCGAGGCCUCUGGGAAACCCACGUCCGCUUACAAAGACUCGGGCAAGAAGGGCAAGCUCGGCCGAAGCAAGGGCGAGCAGAAGAAGAAAGCAAAGGGAGACUCCUCCUCGGGCUCCUCCGUUUUUUCCGGGAUUCGCAAACGUAAAUCAGCGGCUGCCGUCUUUGCCGCCGCUGCCCACGGCCGCACCGAAGCUGUUGCUGCGGCCGACCUGGAAGCUGAGCACGAGAAAUCGUCCACGCACACCGAGGACAGCGGUGAUUUCACGGCCAGCGUCGGCGACGUCUGCGGCGGGAGGCAGGCGGUGCACGCUGGUGCCCAGGUCGGUAAUGUCAUUCCCGGCACCAGGGUGGACAAGGAGAAGACGGAGCCAAAGACUGUCGCAGCGCUACAGAGAGAAUGCACCGUGCUGAGCUCUGGAUCUGACACAGACGCUUACAGCUUUCACUCUGCACCUGACUUUGACCAAGGACUGGACAAAGGCCUCAUGGGUGGGGAUGACCUGCUGGCUGAUAUACAACUCGCUAUGAAACUGCAGUUAAUUCCAGGUGAACUCAAAGCAGCUUCAAAGCGCAGUGAUGCAAACAAUUUAUCGCUGGAAGGCUCGACGGACCAUGACGUGUGCCAUGACAACAACAAGGCAUCCGAUGACAAAGUUGUUGCCAGAAGUCCUUCCAAUGUGUCGGCAGGUGGAACGACUUUUUCACAUCCUCCGUGUAGCACCUUGGAUACUGGAAAACUUGACAAAACAGUAAAACCGUUGAGUGAAGGAGCUCAAGACCACAUUACACAGCUGGAAGUUACAGAACUGCAGUCAACCGAUGGAAAAGCAAUGGGAAACAAUUCUAGAAGUACAGAGGUGGCUGAUGUACAACCUUUGGUCGGUGACCUACCAUCUGUUAAAGCUGUGAAUGGUGGAAUUGUGGAAGGGAAUAAGUUCAAAUUCGAUGGAGAUCCAGAAGUUGGCCAUAUCAACUUACCUGCAUCAUUGCUGGCUAAUGCUGGUGCUACGGACGUGGAGGGAGCUUUGCAGGAACACAGAAAAUCCAGCUUGGACGCUGCUGCGUUUGAAGGGGACUGCAGCAAUACGAAGCAGGCCUGGGCACGCCGAGAGUCUAAGGCCGGCACCAGCGCGACCAUGCUACUCGCCGACAAAAACUCGCAUCCGCACCCCGGCACGCUGCUCGCCACCUCGACUCUGCGCGUAUCUCCUCACCACCAACACCACCAUCACAUCAACACCACGUACGCCAUCACCACCACGCGCCAGCUCAGCUCGCCUCUCUCCUCGCCGCUGCCCUCGCCGGCGCCCAGCCCGCUGCUUCAGCGGCGUCUGGCCGGGCCCGAGACACCGGGCGACCAGGGGCAGCCCGGGGAGAAUCGACACCGAUGGAGGGACACGAUGACGGUGGCCACCAAGCCGCUGGUCUCGGCCUGGGAUGCCGCGGCGAUGAGCCGCUCGGCUGACUGGACGGAGGAGAUGAUGAGGCUGCCGUGCGGGGAGCCACGCCUAAGGAGGGCCGGUUCCAUGAGCCUCCUCGGAUCUCCCGAAGCGGGCCAAGGCGGGACGCCUUCGUCGCCGACCGUCGCCGUUUUCACAGGUAAAACGUUGCUGGACUGGCUGUCCCAUGCCCCGUUCGGAGAGGGGGCUCUCACCUUCGCUGUGACGGGCCCCACGGAGCUGGGUGGCCCAGCUGGUCCAGGUGGCCCAGGUGGACCAGGUGGCCCAGGCGGGCCAGGUGGGCCAGGCGGGCCAGGCAUCCAAAGUGGCAUGGAGGCCAUGCCUGGUGACGCGGUGGGCCUCUGCUGCCACUUGCUGGAAGUGGGGCUGCUUCGAGCUGUCGGGGACUCUUUGGACCGCCUGGCUGUGGCUGAUGACUCUCACGCCGACAAGUCGACGUUCAGGAUGGAGCAGGAGUACACGUGGGUAGCCCUGGGGCAGCAGAGAGCCUCGUGGAAGAGACUACAGGCCGUGUGGCCUCCGCCUGUACUGCCUCAAGACGCAGAGGCCCACCCAACGCUGGACAGCUCCUUGUCGGGUGUGGAUGACAUUAAAGAGCUCCAGGCUUCUCUCAUCCACGUGCAGCACCAGCAUGAAGAAGAACUACAGAAGCUUCAGGACGAGAACGAGCAGGCGGUGACGCAAACUUGCGGCGAGCAUGCGCGCCGUGUCUCGGACCUGGAGAGGACCAUCGCAGAACUCCAGCAGAGGCUGAGCGAGCUGAGCGCACGCCCGCCGGCCGACACGAGGGAGGCGGGGGUGGACACGCAAGGCGAUGUGUACACCACCAUGCUGCAGCACACCGCGGUCCAGACUGAAAAACUAAACCUCCUGCUCGCCCUGGAGGAGCGCAACCAGCAGGCCAAGGGCGUGCAGACGUCGCCGGAGAAACCGAGGCAUUCUCCGCCGAGCGAUGUUUUUUCCAAAGAAGUGCCUUCAUCACAACUGCAGCUCGGCGGCUCUGCAGAGCUGAGCAGCUUGAUACCGCUACCUCCUCCGCUCCCAGGAGGUCCGGACUCUUCUGUGCCUCCACCACCUCCACCACCACCUCCUCCGCCGCCACCGCCGCUUCCACCUCUUCCCGAAGGAUACAUCCCUAUUCCUCCUCCGCUUCCAGGAGGUUUUGUGUGCCCGCCUCCUCCGCCACCUCCUCCGCCUCCUCCGCCACCCCCGCCACCCCCGCCACCUCCUCUGCCAGGAGCUUCAGCAUUCAUCCCUCCUCCACCACCUCUGCCGGGAGGCCCAAUGUGUCCACCUCCUCCGCCUCCUCUGCCGGGAGGCCCAAUGUGUCCGCCUCCUCUGCCUCCUCCGCCUCUACCGGGGGCCUCAGGUGCUCCUCCAAUGCCCCCACCGGCGCCGCCAGGGCACGGUCUGAGCGCGCAGAUGAUGCUACCCGGGGGAGGCCUCGCGUUGACCCCACUGACGUCGAUCCUUGACAAGCAGAGCAGGAAGCCGCCCGUGGAGCCGAGCUGCCCUAUGAAGCCACUUUAUUGGACCCGCCUUCAGCUCAAAGUGAAGAGGGACGAUAGCAGCGAUACAUUCUGGGACAGCCUGGAGGAGCUGGUGAUCAACCCCAAGGAGUUUGAAGAGCUCUUCUCGAAGAAGAGCGUCAAGGAGAAGAAGAAACCACUGGCGGACACUUUCAUUAAGAAGUCUAAAGUCAAGCAGGUCGUGAAGGUCCUGGACAGCAAGCGGUCGCAAGCCGUCGGUAUCCUCAUGUCCAGCCUCCACCUGGAGAUGAAGGACAUUCAGCAAGCUGUCUUAUACUUGGAUAAUUCCGUGGUCGAUUUGGAGACACUGCAGGCGCUUUAUGAAAAUAGAGCCCAGAAGGAAGAACUUGAGAAGAUAGAGAAGCACGUGAAGCCGAGCAAAGACAAGAGCGAGCACAAGCCACUGGACAAACCCGAGCAGUUCCUGUACGAGCUGUCACGGAUUCCGUGCUUCGCGGAACGCGUGUUCUGCGUCAUCUUCCAGGCCACGUUCACCGAGGGCAUCACCACGAUCCGCCGCAAGAUGCUCAUCCUGCAGCGCGUGUGCAAGAGCCUGCGCACCAGCGAGGGAGUGCAGCAGGUGCUGGGUCUCAUCCUGGCGCUGGGGAACUACAUGAACGGCGGGAACCGCACUCGGGGCCAGGCAGACGGAUUCGGCCUCGAGAUCCUUCCCAAGCUCAGCGACGUCAAGAGCAGCGACAAUCGAAUCAGCCUGGUCAGCUACAUCGUGACGUUUUAUCUGAGAAACAUCGACAAGAACGCUGGCACGGAUCACAGUGUGUUCCCCUUGCCAGAGCCGCAGGAUUUGUUCCAAGUCUCGCAGCUCAAGUUUGAAGAUUUUCAAAAAGAUCUGCGGAAAUUGAGGAAAGAUCUACAAGUGUGCGAGACUGAGAUGGCGAAGGUUUGCCGACUUUCCAGCGAGGAAAACCUGGAGCCGUUCAAGUCCGAAAUGGAAGAAUUCAUUGAGAAAGCAAAAGUUGAACAAGAUGCGGAGGAGAGGUUUCUGGAAGAAUCGCACACAAGUUUUCUCGAGACGGCUCGCUUCUUUGGUAUAAAGCCCCGGUCAGGAGAGAAGGAGGUCUCUCCAAAUCAUUUCUUUUCGCUGUGGCACGAGUUCUGCUCACACUUCAAGGACUGCUGGAAGAAAGACAGCAAGCUCAUCGCUGCAGAGCUACUCAAACAAGCACAGCAGAAUGUCCAGCAGAAGAUGGAAGAAAAGAAGGCACCGACUACUGUCAAAAAGUCAACAGGACUGAAAGCCAAACUACAUCAGAAGGAGGCCAAACCCUAGUUCUCUGCAAACGUUGACCGACGUGGAAACUUCCAGUGUCAAGCCCCCUGCAUAUUCACCACGCACAUUUUGUGGCCAAUGGUAUUUCACUGAAGUUUAUAAGUGGGCCCUGAAGACGUCUGCAAGUCUACGUGAUACCGUUUACCGCAUCGUUGUUUACAAAGGUAUAGCAGGAAGGACAUAAACUGGUGGCACUAUACGGUGGUUUGCCAUCACUGUGUCACCCCCGUGUGUGUGUGUGUGCAUUCGAACAUUCCAAAUUGUAAUGCCACACAUCCGCCAGUGUUGCAGUCAUAUGAUGAAAGCUGGAGUGAUUGCAAAAAUAUAUCAAAUAUCGCCGAGAGAAUGGAAAAAUGCAUCUUGUGCAGUGGAUGAAAUCGAGGUGGAUGCACUUUUUGUUGCCACCUUAACUCGAAGAGAAUGAUUAUCCAGCUUAGGAUUCCCAAAAAAAUAGAAAUCAAGAAAAGCAAUAGUUUGCACAUUGUAAAUAAUUGUACAUAAUUUACACCUACAAUAGCAAUGUAUAGGUGAAGUAGUUGUCUCUCAAAUUUGAAUGUAUCAAAUGUGUACUUGCAAUUUUAUUUCUUUGCCCCAAUGUGUGUAUGUGUACGUGCCGUUAUAGCAUAGCUUGCCAUAUUUUAUCAAACAUUGGCCUUUUUGCGUGCAUAAUUGCCAUUUAUGAACUCUGCAGUAUUUUUGUUUUUAAGUCGACAUUGUACACUUACCCUACUGAACUACUCUCGCAGCUAUCUGGAAAUUUGAGAAAUAAAUGAGUGACUUGACCAUAUUUUUUUCACCAUGCUGGUCAGUGGGAGUUGCUGAAGUUGGUGUCCAGGUGCAGCUCAGAUACAAAUCGCCACCGAUGUUAGCAGCGGCCAGGAAUCUUAACUCGGGUAGCCAGGGUUCAAGUUGCAGUGUGCAUCCUCCGCUUCACUCCCAAAUUAGAAUAAGGUGGUUAAAUGAUGUACUUUAAACUGUCGACAGCAAGAAAAUAAAAUGGGGAGUGGGCACGACACAUGGCGAGAGAUGGCCGAUAGUCGAGGAUUGUGACGCGUCUGAGAGCACGGACGACCAUUGUGGAUAUGGAGCGGUGAAAUCGGCUCCUGUGUAUUAGGUGAGAGCUGGCGAUGGCUAGAGGGGAGGCCUUCAUCCAGCAGUGGAUCGCUCGUUGCUGCUCGUGGUUAAUGAUACCUUGAAGCAAACUGCUCAUGUGCCCUUUAUCCAGGCCGAAGCCCUUUAAUCGCCACGUGCCAACAAGCGUACGCAUCACAUGCACAUCUUGAAAUCUUAAUCAAGAUAAACUGUAGUUCAAGAUUUAUUUUUAUUAAAAGACAACACAUCAUUUUAAAAGCCUCAUUUUUCCCACGUAUCUUUUAUUUAUUUCACAAAAAGGACUGCAAUGCACAAAUAAGCAAGUAUGAUUAUAGUUUACAAAUAAAAAAAUAUAUUUCCAAGCAUUUUUAUGACAAUAUUUAACAAAAAAAUAUUCAAAGUAAUUCUCAAUGUUGGGUCCAAAUUCCUCAAGUUUGGCUCUUUUAUUGAAGAUAGUGAAACUGGGCAGAAUGCUACAGUUUAUAUAUAAAAAAAUGAAACCCAGGCGAAAUCUUCUCACGUCAUUGUAAAGAACAUCAGCUUUGUAAAUCUCGGAGGCUAUCUUUACAACUAUGCACAUCAUUACGAGCGUCUCUUUAUGACCAACAGUAUUUUAUGUAUCCAGUUACCUGAACGUGUAAUGCCGUAAAAACGAUUUUAAAUCCAAUUUUAAAUAUUCAUGUGGUGUAAUAAUCUCUAAAGUGCUGUUGCACUGUACGCUUAGAAUGAUUUAGCUUUUCAUGCAAGGCAUCGCCUUUGCGAGGGCUGCAGAAACCUGGGC